AAUUAUUGAUAUCUAACAAUUGUCGGCGUUAGAAAUGCAUAAAUGACAUUCAAACUAAUAAUUCUCACCGGCUCUUUUAUUUCUCUUUAAUUCCCUUUUCCCUUCUCUCAUUUCUUUUUUCUUAUAAAAAUCUAAAACCUUCUCUUCUCUUUCACCAACUCAACCACCAUGUUUUCAAAGCUCUCAGACGACGUCGUACUCAGCAUCUUCUUCAAGCUAGAAGAUGACCCCCGCAAUUGGGCCCGUCUAGCCUGCGUCUGCACCAAAUUCUCCUCUCUCGUCCGUAACAUCUGCUGGAAAGACAAAUGCAACAAAACCAUUCCCGCCGUCAUCAACGAUCUCCUCUCCGCCUCCGAUACCACCAUCCCCGGCGGCUGGGCUUCCCUCCACAAGCUCUCCGUUUGCUGCCCUGGCCUCCUCCACUCCGGCGUUCUCCUCGAGCACUCCGAUUUCGGCCUCGAACGCGAACUCGGCCCCGAUGAUAACUACCGCAAAACAUCUCAUAAAUCAACGCCGGCUGCCUCAAUCACCGCCGUUGAUUCUAACAAUGCUUCCGAAGAUAACAGCGGCUGCUCUUGGUCGCUGUACGAUGAUCUGUAUUACGACACCGUUUAUGAUACCUCCGAAUCACAGUUUCCGAAUGUGACCGCUGAUGCAGGUAAAACGGUUGAUACUAGUAUCGAGAAAACGGUUAUUAAAGGUAGCGGUAGUUUCUCUAUUUGUAAGAGGAAGAAAAUUUCUAGGUCUUUGAGGGCACAUUUAGCGUCUGGGGUGUGGAAUUUAAGUAGAGAGCAAGGGAAUAAGCUGUUAGCCAGCCGAUUUCGAGGGGAUUGUUUGUACAUUUGUGAUUGGCCUGGUUGUGUUCAUAACGAGGAGAAGCGGAAUUAUAAGUUGUUUAGGGGGAUUUUUAAGAAUUUUAAGAGGUCUAGGGUUUGGAGAACGAUUAAUGAUGGGAAUAGGAGUAAGAUUGAUUUGAAGUGUGCUUUUUGUGGGUGUAAACAGACGUGGGAUUUGCACUCUGCGUUUUGUUUGAGGAGGGUUUUUGGGUAUCAUGACGAUGGGGAGCCUGUUGUUCGUGCUUAUGUUUGUGAGAACGGGCAUGUCUCUGGUGCUUGGACUGAUUUGCCGUUGUAUACUUGAUGGUGUUUUUCCAUGGGUGUUUAUGAUUUGGAGUGCUUUCUGUUUAUUUGAGUUCGUAAACGUGAUUCUGUUUCUGUUAGUUUUUUCUAUGAAAAAUCAUUGUUUCUGUUGUAACUAUAACAGAUUUGAUAUUGUACACUUGAGUGGUUUCCUAUUGUUAUCUAUGAAUCUAUGAUACAGUUUUUAA